AUGCAGAAAAACAAGGGUAAACACAUUGGCAAUAGAUAUCGUAUUGUGAAGUAGAUAGGAGAAGGUCUGUUAACAGAAGUUUAUCAGGUGGAAGAUGAGAGAUCGAAUCAGACAUAUGCUAUGAAAGUUAUAGCAGAGUAAGGAAACAAGAACAAAAAGCAAUUGAUAAAUCUGCACUUGCAAACUUUUGAGAUGGAGUUCAAGCGAGAAGCUUCAUUUUUGAGGAACAUGAAUCAUCCGCACAUCAUCAAGAUGGUUCACUCCAAGAUGAAUGAGGAAGAUAGACCCAAGUCAGGUGAAUCCGGAAAAAGCAAUAAAAGCAAUAGUAGUGGAAGUGGUGAAGAAAAUGAGUAAAAUAGCUAUUAAAGAGAUCAAUAGGGGUUUGAUAAGUAUAUAAUUUUGGAACUGGCUGAGAACGGAGAUCUUUUUGAUUUCGUCGUUUCCACCUAGGAAGGGAUGGGAGAGGAACUUUCUAGAUUCUACUUCUAACAGAUUCUGUCAGCUGUUGAAUAUUUGCAUUUAGAUCAGAAAAUUAUUCACAGAGAUUUGAAACUUGAGAAUAUUUUAGUCGAUGGGAUGUUUAAUCUCAAAAUUUGCGACUUGACUCUUGCCAAAACUAUCUAAGAAGGUUCAGUCGUAGGAGUCUUUUACUCUUAAGUUGGAACUGAAAGAUAUAUGGCUCCUGAGAUUCUACUCGGCCAGCCAUACAAGGGUAACACGACAGAUAUAUUUGCUCUGGGAGUUAUCUUGUUUAUUAUGGUAACGGGAGUCAUGCCCUUUUAUUAGAAGGCUACGAAAUCGGAUCCAUUGUACUCGCUUAUUUAUAAGAAUGACGAAAAGGGCUACUGGGAGGCACUUUUGAAGACCUACUAAAACCAGUAGAACUUCAAUGCCAACCUAUCAGAUGAAUUCAAGAAGUUCGUUUGGCAGUUCUUCAGCUUCCAUUACUUUGAGCGUAUAACUUUGGACAAGAUUAAGGGGAAUAAGUGGUUUUAGCAGGAGAUUAUACUUUCCCGAGAAACCGUGCUGAAAGAGAUGACUCGUAGAAAAUAAAACUUGGACGACAAGUACAAGAACAACCCAACCAUCGCUUAGUAAAGAAUCAAAAAUACUAGAAUGACAGAGUUAUGA